CUGAAUAUUAUUGUGCUCUACGCAACGCUAUUCUAGAUUCAAAAACUGAUUACAGAAUGGAAAAAAUAGCCAACUAUUCUAUGCUUCUGAAAAGUUCUCACUUCCGCGUUAAACGCUCGCAUUUUUCUUAAACAUAAUUCACAUCAAUAAUGUCAUGAAGAUAAAAAAGUAGAUAAUAGAGAUAUUGGAGACGCUAAAAACAGGACGAGAUAACUAUAGGCGAACAAUUAACAAUCGAAUAAUAUGUUUCUCUUCAGUCUAUUCUUUUACAUCCUUCGAAGUAAAUGGAACAUCCCGAAGAGCGCUACUACAAGUUGAACCGAUUUUAUCUGUCAGUUACUGGAUUAUGGCCUUAUCAGAGCACAUGGAGAGCUCGUUUCUCAAGAACCAUUAUCACUAUUAUCAUGCUAUCAUGUUUAUUUACUCAGAUAUCCAGUAUAUUUACAUCCGAUGUUGAUUUGGAUUUUUUAAGCGAUUCAUUAAUAAUGAUUAUGCCUACAGUAGGUAAUCUGACGCAUUUGUAUUCACGUCUUGUUAACAUAGACAAAUUUAAAGAAUUAUAUGAGCUUAUGUGGGACGAUUGGGCCCUUGAAAAAACAGACGAUGAGAUCAAGAUCAUGCAUCAAUACGCUGAAACUGCAAGAGUAGCAACAAUUUAUUGUUCGGUUACAAUAUAUACGAUUAUAAUAGGAUAUAUUGUAUGGUUGUUCAUACCGGUAGUUUUUGGCAUAAUACGGCCUGUAAACGAAUCUCUCUUACAAUCAGCUAUUCAUGUGGAAUUUUAUAUCGAUGUAGAACAGUAUAUUUACAUUGUUCUGUUCUACCUAUCUAUCGUAAUUAUUCUGAUACCAUUAGUUUUUCUUGCCAGUAUGAGUUUAUACCUGACCGUUACGCAUCACGUUUGUGGUAUGUGCGAGUUAUUAGGGAAUCGCGCUGAGCACUUAUUUUAUGUGAUCAAAGAUGAGACGGAACGUGAUUUAAUUCGCGGGACGAAAAUAAGUUGCAAAAAUAUAGUCUUUUUUGUACAGCAACAUUCCAACAUUAUUCGAUUCGUAAACUUAAUCGAAACAAGUCACACAUUACCAUUUUUAAUGGAUCUAAUAGGAAUGGUGACGUCGAUAAGUUUUUCAUUACUGAAGCUAAGUUUUGGUACGAGAAUUGAGAAUAGAAGUGCAAUUUUUGUAUCUAUUACUUUAAUAAUUAUAGAUAUGAUUUAUUUGAUCCUACCAAAUUAUAUGGGUCAAAAAAUUACAGAUAUGAGCUCGAUUUUAUGUGAGAAAGUAUACAAUUCCGCCUGGUACAAUGCAGAUGUUUCACAGCAGAAAUCAUUAUUGCUAAUAAUGUGUCGACGAUUUUAUCCGCUUGUCCUGACUGCCUGUAAGUUUUAUCCGAUGUCUUUGCCGAGUUUCAAAAUGAUAUUUCAAAUGGCGGUUACCUAUUUCAUGUUUAUGAGAAAAAUUUGAAGUUAUAACUACAGAUGUUGGAAUAAGGCGAGAAAAGACGUAAGAAUAA